GUACGAUCUCUCAGUGACACAUGUACUGUAGGUGCUGUUACCUGAGCGGAGGUAGGCCAGAGCAGCAAACAUGAGGACACGCACUCUUCUGUCCAUAACCCUGCUUGGCCUGCUGCUGUGGGCCUCCUGCACCCGGGCCGAUGACAAUGACGCCAAAACUGACCAAGAGACCGAAAUAGAUGAAGAAAAGACAUCAUCAGAUCCUCCAGGAGAGACGGACGAGGAGGAGGAAGAAGAAGAGGAGGCACCAAAGAAAGAGAAAACAGAGGAGAUAGAGGAGGAGAAAGAUGUCAUGGUUCUCCACAUCAACAACUUUGCCAGAGCUCUCAGUGAAACCCAGUUUUUACUUGUCGAAUUCUAUGCUCCCUGGUGUGGUCACUGUAAAACGCUGGAGCCGGUUUACGCCGAGGCUGCCGGGAAGCUCAAGACGGAGGAACCUGCUGUGCGUUUGGCCAAAGUGGAUGUCACAGAGGAGAAGGAGCUGGCUGAUGAGUUUGACAUCAAAGGCUUCCCCACGUUGAAACUGUUCGUCAAAGGAGAUCGCAAGCAGCCUUUUGACUACACCGGUAAGAGGUCAUUAGAGGGAAUAAUCCAGUGGAUGAAGCGUCGCAUGGGCCCUGGUGCUGCAGUGCUUGAAUCCACCGACUCUGCAGCUCAGUUUAUCGAUUCCCAUAACAUAACUGUUGUGGGAUUCUUUGAGAAUCUGGAGAGCGAGGCGGCCAAGACGUUCAAGGAACUCGCUUUAGAUGUUACUGACACUGAGUUUGCUCUGUCAGCCAGUCCUGAGGUUUUCCAGAAGUAUGAGGCGAAAGCCAACACAGUGGUGCUCUUCAAAAAGUUUGAUGAAGGCAGAGCAGACUUUGCGUUGUCUGAAGAUGGGACACUGGACAAAAAAAAUCUGAUCGACUUCAUCAAUGAAAAAAGUCUGCUGCUGAUCAUCCCAUUCAGCCAAGAGAUUGCAGAUAAGAUCUUCUCCUCCAACAUCCGCCUGCACAGUCUGUUGUUCAUCAACUCAUCUGUGGACAGCCAGACGUCUCUGAUAGAAGAAUCCAAGGCUGUGGCCAAAAAGUUCAAGGGCAAGAUGCUAUUCAUUUCAAUAGAUGUGACUGAAGCUCUUUCUCAUGUGCUGAAAUAUUUCGGCGUGUCAGAGAAAGACGCCCCAACUUCACGCAUUGUCAACAUGGAGACAGGAAAGAAGUUUGCCAUUGCUUCUGGGGAUCUGACAGCAGAGUCACUGGGAGAGUUGUGUCAGGCUGUUCUGGAUGGCACUGCUAAGCCCUACUUUCGUUCUGAGGACAUCCCAGAAGACUGGGACAAACUACCGGUCAAGGUUCUGGUGGGGAAAAACUUUGAGUCUGUCGCUCUGGACCCGACCAAAAAUGUCUUUGUGGAGUUCUAUGCUCCAUGGUGUGGACACUGUAAACAACUGGCUCCCAUCUGGGAUCAGCUGGGUGAAAAAUACGCAGACAAUGACGACAUCAUCAUAGCAAAGAUGGACUCCACAGUGAACGAGGUGGAGUCUGUUUCUGUUGAAAGUUUCCCAACGCUCCAAUAUUUCCCAGCUGGUGAAAAAAAAGAGGUGAUAAACUACACUGGAAAGAGAGAUCUUGAGACCAUGUCUAAAUUCCUGGAUAACGGAGGAGUGUUGCCUAAAGAGGAGAGUGAUGAAGAGGAUGACGAUGACUUGAAUGAUGAUGACGAUGAUGAUGAUGGUGGUGCUGAGGAGGAAGAGAAGAAGGAUGAAGACUCUGAUGAUGACAGCAAGGAGGCUGAUGAGUCUGAAGAUGGAUCAACCGAGAAGACAUCUAAAGAUGAACUGUGAUGUCCCUUUGGUUUCCAGCCAAUCGGGAUCAACCUAGCAUCUUUCAAUUUUUUCAUAUUAAAAUGAAGUUGGUUUACAAACAUACAUGCGAGUUCCACACAUGACUCAUUAAACAGGCUUACAGUAAUGGGUGUCCUCAUUCUUAUAUAUUUAAACAACACAACUCUAUAUAACACAUACUCCCUUUUAAAAAUCUGACAUAAACUCAAUAGAGCUUUCUAUAGCCUACUAUAAAUGUAAAUUACUAUAAAUAAGUUACAUUUGCUUCCUAAGACUUUUUUUAAACAGAAAUUAAUUAUGUGUUGCAGCCGGAAAACGCGAGCAGUCUCUGAAAGGCUGUUUCACUUGUCUUGUCUAUUUAUGCAUUUAACAAAGAACCCAGUACCUUCAUUCACUCUGCCUACGCCUUUUUUCAGCUGCUGAAUAAACACAACAGAGUUCUCGCUCACUCCCGAGCAUCACAACAACAUUUAUUUUCUCUAAACUCCUGCAUGUCACUGUUUCUCACUCACUGACACCACCGUGUGGCGUAAAUAAAGAAUUUCUAAAUGACUAAUACAAGUUUGUGGGUCCCUAAUAACAACGCAAUAAACAUCAACGUUCUCAAUGGACCUGUCACAUAAGUUUAAAUAAAUCAGUAUUGUGUAAUGAGAUAUAUUGGCACCAUAAAAGUCAACAUAAUCAUUACUUUAGCAAUUUGAAAAAAAAAGGAACAAAUUACAGAGUAGGAAGAGAUUGUAUUGAACUGUGAAGAAAGAAGUGUGGAUAGAAAGAACAACAAAGUUGAUACAGUGAAGGGAAAAGAGCAAGAUGUAGGACAGAAACAAAGUGCGUGUUUCAUAUUCCUGAAUGAAAUCUGCAAGACAGACAAACACAUGCUGGUCCAAAUGAUGACUGAGAAUAAAUUAGCUCAGUUUGUUGCCAGAAAAAGCGUCAUGUAGUAUUUGAGAGAGGAUGAAGGAGAGAAAAGGUUCAAUUUGAGUAUUCAAGAUAAUGUCAAAUUGUUUGAGAAGAGAAAGAACAUAAUCGUUUUUUAUUUGCCAGACUUAUGCUGAUUUCACUGUGGUAAUAAAUGUGCAAAAUAAAGAUGUAUAAAAACA